GCUGUCAGAGCAAUCAACAAUUUGCCACCGCUAUGUGUGGCAAGCCAAAGCUUCGCGUCCGGCCCCAAGUCUUGUCCAACCCCCAAAAAUAAAGCAAAUCUCUGCUCGAUGCCGCAACCGCCGCUCAGUUUUUAACCGACUUUCGUGCAAUAUCCACGCCGCCACGGCUCUUCUGUGACUUAAUCCGUCUAUUUCCCCCCGACUUUCGCGCGUAUACAUACAUACACACCCAGAGCAGCGGCGAUACAUUCAGCCGUGGAAUUAUGUGUUAGAGCAAAACAAAUACGGAAAUUUAGACACAGGAAACGAACAAGCUAAUUUUUUGCCGGACGAAACUACAUUUCUGCCUAAAAUCAAUAUUCACGUGAGUUUAAGUGAGUGAGAGAGCGAGAUACGCCCGCACCGCAACGCGCAGCAUCCGUCAGCGAAGUGCAACCCAGAAAACAGCGGCGAGGAAAAGCCGGAGGAGCAGUCACUGUGUGCAUCUGGAAACUGUGUGGAAACUGGAACGAACGCAUUGUAUCCGUGAGACAGAUUUUCACCAAGCUAAGCCAGGAAUCCCUCCGCUGUUACCUUAUUGUUGCGGCACGCAUUGUAUAUCCGAGGAGGAGCAGCAGCUUAAUAAUGGUGGACUUCCGGUUCGAUAUCAGGCCCCUGUUCCCGCAGGCGAUAAUCAAGGUUACGUCUAACCUACUGCCGCACACCUUCCGCGGCGACCGGCGUCAGUGUUUGGACGCCACCUCCAAGAUGACGGAGAUCAUUGAUCGCCUGGGCCAGCUCUCGGCCACAUCGCAGGGUCUUAGCAAGCCGGUGACCACCGGACAGCGCUUGAGGAUGUCAGAGAAUCAGACCGUCUAUCUGCUGGCAGAUAGUGAGGCGGGUCCCAAUGGUUCGGUAGUUGGUCUCCUCAAGGUUGGAACAAAAGAUCUCUAUCUUUUCGAUGAAACUGGACAGACUAGGAAAGUGCAGCAGGCGCCGUCCAUUCUGGACUUUUAUGUUCACGAGUCCCGCCAGCGCUCUGGUCUGGGAAAGCGUCUUUUCCAGACAAUGCUCAGCGAGGAGCAAUGGACACCGAUCAAGUGCUCGGUGGACAGACCUUCGGACAAGCUGCUAGCCUUCCUUGGCAAACAUUAUGGUCUAACGCGUUCCAUACCGCAGGCCAAUAACUUUGUGCUCUUCGAGGGAUUCUUUGACGAUGCGCCAUCAGCAAAUGGCCAUGGAAACGGGCAGUCGCCGCAGCACAACCGGAAUGGUCUGCACAUCACAAACAGUCCUAACACCCAGCUAUUUGGGGCUACCUACUUGGGUGAGGAUAAUCGGCGACGUGGCUCCCAGCAGCAGGCACAGGCUGGGCCCAAUCUGCUCCAGCAAGUAACACAAAUCUCACCACAAGGACGAUAUGGGGCCAGGCGUCCCACCUGCAGCAUGGCUGAGAUAAUUCAUGCUGGCACCUCGAAAGGUGGCAAAGGCGGCGGCGGUAAUAGUGCAGAAUCGAACAGCGGAAUGGGUAACCAUGACCUUGCAGAGAUUACCGCCCAGCUGCAGCAGCAGACCUUGGCCGAGAUCGAGGCCAAUAGCUACAUCCCAGAGCCUGAAAUGGAACCGGAGCCGGAGGCAGAACCUGAACCCGAGCCCGAGCCAGAGCCGGAGGUGAUCACGCCCGCAUCGCCGCCGCCCAAGAACCACACUCCGACUCCGCCGUCAGUGCGUUCGCCGGAGGUGGCCGAGAGCAUCAUUGGGGAGAACCGCAGGCCGCCGGCCUUCCAGCUGAGCAAGCAGCACACGGGCAUGAAGAAUCGUUCGUUUGGUGUCGGCGGUGCCGUCAUGCCCAGCAGCAAGAUGGAGUUCGAUCAAAUGGAGCGCGAGGAUUUCGGUGUUGUCAAGAUCAAUCGUCCGCCGGGCCAUGAUGCAGUCACCUCGCCGGGUCACGACAAUACGGAUGCCAUGUCCACCGUGUCCUCCGGUGGCGGAGGCGGCCUCACCGAUCAGGGCUACUAUGAUCUCAAGUUUUAUCACAAUAAGUUGUGGUAAAGGGAAGACAACAAAAUCAACACAAAAAUAAUAACACAACAAUUGCGAAUCUCGCGAAUCUUUUGUACGCAUAAUUAACAAGAACUUAAUUAAUCUAGGAACUAAGAAUACGUAUUUAUUAAUCAAAAGACAUCUAAACCAACAACGGUUCCUCUAUGAACUUUUCUGUUGUGAGCUUCUUCUGACCUUUUGUUGUUGAUUCGUUCAUUUGUUACCAAGCCACGCACUACUCCGUAAACGAUAGAGCCUCACCAGAUUCGAUCCUUAAUCUAAACAAUAGCGCAAUUCAAAUGUUUGUGUAGACUAAUUACUAGUUAAUUAAUCUAAUCAGAGAUAAUUUGAUUGAAUAUUCUAAUUUACUUAAUAAACCAAUUGUUUUGCUUUGUGCCAUUUAAUGUCAAGAACAGUCCCUUAAUCCUUAAUGUAAUCCAAACCCCUGUGUGUAUCUUCCAAUUACAGCAAACGCGAAUAUUUCGAGCAAAUCUAUAGCGAUUACAUGCUAUAGGCACAGAUCCAUCUUCGUAGCCAAUACUCAACAUUCCUCCAUAGAACGUACCCAACUCGCAAUGCAUAGAACAUAGCAUUAAAGAUGAAAAUAAAUACGAA